AUGGCCACCAGUCGUAGAGUCGUCGUGCUGAGCGGAGGCUCAGCAGCUAACAACUUGGUGGACGUUUUUGAUGAAGUGAUCCAGAAGAACGGAUGCUCUCUGACCUACAUCAUUCCAAUAUCAGACAAUGGUGGUUCAUCGUCCGAAUUGAUCCGCGUUUUUGGCGGACCUGGUAUAGGAGACAUAAGAAGUCGCCUUGUUCGCUUGAUUCCCCCCUCACAUGAGCACAUUCGCAACCUCUUCAACCACCGGCUGGCGGCUAUGCCAGAGAGUGGGGAAGCCGAGUUUCUCACUAUUCUUAAUGGCACAUCGUCGCUGUACGACCAAAUUCCAGCAGCUCAAGGGAUGCUCAUUCGAUCGAUACUCUCUCAUUUGUACCUUGAAAUCUUGAAAAGGAAUAGACCUCCAUCAUCCACUUUCUCUUUCCAAUCAGCUUCGAUUGGUAACUUGUUCCUCACCGGUGCUAGACUAUUUUCAGGGUCAUUUGAGUCGGCCAUCUACUUGCUCGCAACGAUGGGAGGGGUACAAGAAGCCAGAACGUCAGUGCUACCUGCAAUUGUCAGUAACUUCUCUCACCAUAUUGCUGCGGGACUCGAAAACGGCACUAUCAUCACGGGCCAGAAUGCGAUUAGUCACCCCAGUGAGCCGACGGCACUGAACCAAGCGGAUUUACAGGAUGAUUAUCGUUACAGAAACCCUCUAGCCAAUGGGAACGAUACGACCAUUGAAGAUGCUAAUCUCCCUGGAUCGCUCCCGACUUUGCGGAAGCCUAAUAUUGCGUUCUCUAAGGUAUCUGAGGAGCCCCUUCCAGCUCGUAUCGAACGUAUAUGGUACAUCAAUCCAUAUGGGCACGAGAUGUUGCCACCGGCAAACCCAAAAGUUUUAACAUCAAUCAGCUCUGCGGACGCCCUCAUCUAUAGCAUUGGGAGCUUGUACACGUCAAUCGUCCCCUCUCUGAUUUUGCAAGGAGUCGGUGCACGUAUUAGUGGGCCUAGUGGUCCAAGAUUCAAAAUCCUCAUCCUGAACGGCAGCCUUGAUCGCGAGACGGGCAAUUAUGCAGCAUGUGACUACCUCGAUGCAGUGACCAGAGCAUGUGUGCAGAGUCAAAGCGCAUCAGCCGGCUCGAAUCCAACUGCUGAUAGGAAUGAGUGGCGCAAAUAUGUCACACAUCUAUUUUACCUUGAGGGAGAUGGUGUGCCCUUCACCGAUCAGAACGAGUGCACGGAGUAUGGGAUUGAAUGCGUCAGACUUUAUGGUCGUAAGACGACAAAUGGCGCAGUCAAUUAUAACGAGUCAGCUUUAAGUCAGGCCUUAUGUGCAAUUCUCGGCAAGAGAGAAAAAGGAGAGAGAAGCCGGCGGAACACGCUUCUCCCGUAG